AUGGAGGAACCCCCCGGUGCCGCAGCAGCAGAGGGUCCUGGGAUGGAAUUCGGCUCCCCCGAGCGGAAUGUAAUCAGAGUUCCUUCACAUCUUGCCAUGGAGGAAAAAUCUCCCGAGACUUUCUUGGACAAUGUGGGAUUAAGCAGUUGUUCUCUGGAACUGAAGAACUACAUGGAGCAGCCAGUAACAGACAGAGGAAGCCCUUCCCUUCCUUCAGAGGCUCCUUUGCAGGCAUCUGCACUGUCCAAGGGGAUGAACAGCUCCUCGGGGACAGAAUCUGCCUUUGAGUAACUUGGUCAUCUCACUACAGAGCAUGGGGACCAACAAUGGGAAGAGGAAUGGCAGCAGCAUGGAGCUGAGGAGCAUGAAAUAAGAAGAAGCAGUGAGGGAAACUUAGAAGAGACAGAACUGGUUGUCUUGGAUCCAGAACAUCCCCUGAUGAGGAGAUUCCAGGCUGCCCUGAAGAAUUACCUUACUAAGCAGAUAGAAAAAGUCAACCUAGACCUUCAGGAACUGAGGGCAGUAACAAAGGAGGUCAAAACCCAGCGAGAAGAGCUUGGGGUGGUUCUUUAUGGAGCACAGCAGCUGCUGGGGCGUCUGCAGGCGGAGCUGGAGAAGAGCCACGAGCGCCGUUCUCAGGUGGCUGCAGCACGGCAGCAGCUGGAAGAGGAACUGGAGGGCCUCAGGCUUACUCACAAGAAAAUGCAACAGAACACAGAUGAUGAACGCAAGAAAGUUUCUGCAAUGCAGACCCAGGCUGAGAACCUGGCCUUGCACCUCUUCUACAUGCAGAAUAUGGACCAGGACAUGCAUCACAACAUUUUACUAAUGAAACAGUCAUCAAAGAGGGCUGAGGCAGAGAAAGUCCAGGCUGAAGUGGAAAAGAAAAAGCAGGAUCUGCUCCUAGACCGCUUGACAAGAAGAGCCUUUGAACUGCAAGAACAGAUUGCUCUCUUGGAAGCUCAGUUUGUGGCCCAGGCAGAGGACACAAAAGUAACUCGGCAAGCAGUAAAUGAGGCUUGUAUGGAGGUACAGGCUAUUAACAUGGAGAAAAAGCGCUUGAUGAAGCACUGGAAUAGCAGCUUGGCUGGAAUGAAGCAAAGAGAUGAGGCCUAUGUUGCUGCACAAGAGUUGCUGAGCAAGUAUAGACAUGAGCUCAAGUCUCUAGAAGCAGACAUCCAUGGGUGUAGAAAGUCAAUCAGGAAGGAGGAGGAGAAGAAUGAGUUCCUUGUCACCUGCCUGAGCCGUUCACAGAACAAUGCCAACACAACAAAGAAGCUGAUUGCCCAGUGCCUUUCAAGGCAGGAGGCCUUGAAGGUUGAAUACAGCACCUACACUCGCGUUCUCCGUCAGACAGAGCAGGCCCUCAGCAAGACCAAGAUGGAUCAAGCUGCUCAUCUGACUGAGUUGCUGUCCAUCAGUAAGGACAUAAAGAAAGGAAUUGAUACCAAAGAGCAGAUGGAGAAAGAAAUUGUAGCAAAGCUUCAGGACCAGAUGAUAUCCAGCAAAGCCACAAAGCAGCUCUCACAGCUGGCUGCAAAACUUCAUAGGAGAAAAAUGGAUCUGGAGCUGCAUUUUUCUGCACUUGAGAACGAUGUGACCCAGGUUAUUCUGAAUGCAACUCACACCAACUGCAGGCUGACAAUUCUCCAGAAAACACUUUGUGAGCUGGACAAGGAAAUAAAUACUGUCAAUAAUCUGAUCAGUCACAGUGAAAGUGAGAUUGCCAGGUUCAGGCUUCUGUUUGAGAACAAGCAAGUGGUCAUCAGUCAGUACAACAAGAAGCUGGAGAUGAUUCUUUCUCAGCAGGGGGGGCAAGAACUUGGACCACUGGAAAUGGAGAUCAACAAGCUGACCAAGCAGAUAGAAGAAUGCAGUUCUGAGGUGGUGACACUGCAGAAGUACUGGCUCAAUCAGCAGAAAGAGCUGGUCAAGUUAACAAAAGAACAGGAGGAACAAUUAGCCUCCUUGGAUCUGUUAAAGAAACAGAUCACAGUAAUGCAGCAGAAGAAAGUGCGCACUGAAAAUGAAAUUAAUCAGGAAACAAAAGAGCAGAAAGACAUCGAACGUCACAUGAGGAGCAUGUCAAAUGACUUGAUCAAGCUGAAUGUGUUGAUCCACAAGAACAACAACAGCUUUGAGGAGCUGCAAUAUGGCAACAUUAUCACAGAGAACGAGUUCAUACGCUCUCUCAAGGCAGCAGAAAAAGAGUCAGUUGAGAUGCAGGAGAGGCACAGUCAGUUGACUGAGGAGAAGGAAAGACUCCUAAACAGCCUGUUGGAAGCUGAGCAUCAGAUCAUGCUAUGGGAGAGAAAGAUCCAGCUGACCAGAGAGAUGCGUGCAGCAGUGGAUUCUCAGAUGGGACAAGGUGAAAUCCGAGCCAUGAGGCACGAGAUACACAGGAUGCAAGUCCACUAUGGCCAACUGAUGAAGCAGCAGGAGAAGAUGAUUCAGGAUAUGGAGGCAUCUGUUUCUCGUAGAGAGGUGAUAUCGACUCGUGGAGAGGCUCAGAACAAAACAGAUAAGAAACGUAUCACCAAGAGUGACUUCCACAGCAAGAAACAGGAGCUGAGGAAGAAGAUCCGUGAAACACAGAAGAACACCGAAGACUGCAACAAAACCAUCCUGGAGCUGGAGAGCACCCAAGCAUCCCUUAGUGGCACCUUCUCAGAAAAGCAGCAGGAACUGCUCAGGCUGCAGGCUGAGUCCGAUGGCCUCGACUCAGAGGCAGAACAUCUUCAGCAGAGGAAGCGAUGGAACCUUUGGGAGAUUGUGGCCUACCAGGCACGCCAGAAGCAUCUGCAGGCACUGAAGGAAGGGAGGUACACUCCCCUCUGCCAUACUGAACAAGCUUGGAGAAAGGAGCAGCAGAAGCUGCAGGACAGGCUCCGUGCCAUCGAUGCCAUCGUCCACCAGGUCCAGCAGGAACAUCCCCAGCACCAAAGGACUCUCCAGUGGCUCAGUCAGUGCUUGGAAUCCAGGCUCUGCUCACGGGAAGCUUGA